CAGAUGUUCCUGACAAAAUGGCUUCCAGAUUAGAGGAGGAUCUCUGCUGUCCGGUCUGUCAUGAUGUCUUUAGAGAUCCUGUUGUUCUGUCAUGCAGCCACAGCUUCUGUAAAGACUGUCUGAAGAGCUGGUGGACAGAGAAACAAACACGUGAGUGUCCAGUUUGUAAGAGACGAUCUUCAAGGGAAGAACCACCCUGUAAUCUGACUUUAAAGAACCUGUGUGAGAGUUUCUUACAGGAGAGAGAUCAGAGAUCUUCAGAGGCUCUCUGCAGUCUGCACUCUGAGAAACUCAAACUCUUCUGUCUGGACCAUCAGCAGCCAGUGUGUGUCGUCUGCAGAGAUUCAGAAAAACACUCCAACCACAGAUUCAGACCCAUCGAUGAAGCUGCACGACAACACAAGAAGGAACUUCAGGAAACUCUGGAGCCCUUAAAGAAGAAGUUAACGCUGACAAAACUCCGCCCCAUACUGACAUCACCUGAGACCAACCGAGAAACAGGUUGUUUCUGUUCAGUUCUCACUGAGGAGAGACACACAAACAGAGAGACAGACGCUGCACUCAGAGACAAAAUGGCUUCCAGAUUAGAGGAGGAUCUCUGCUGUCCGAUCUGUCAUGAUGUCUUUAGAGAUCCUGUUGUUCUGUCAUGCAGCCACAGCUUCUGUAAAGACUGUCUGAAGAGCUGGUGGACAGAGAAACAAACAUGUGAGUGUCCAGUUUGUAAGAGAAGAUCUUCGAGGAAAGAACCACCCUGUAAUCUGACUUUAAAGAACCUGUGUGAGAGUUUCUUACAGGAGAGCGAUCAGAGAUCUUCAGAGGCUCUCUGCAGUCUGCACUCUGAGAAACUCAAACUCUUCUGUCUGGACCAUCAGCAGCCAGUGUGUGUCGUCUGCAGAGAUUCAGAAAAACACUCCAACCACAGAUUCAGACCCAUCGAUGAAGCUGCACGACAUCACAAGAAGGAACUUGAGGAAAUUCUGGAGCCCUUAAAGGAGAAGUUAAAGGUUUGUGAAGGAGUUAAAGUGAAGUUUGAUCAAACAGCAGAACACAUGAAGGUCCAGGCCCGACGCACAGAGAGGCAGAUUAAGGAGCAGUUUAAGAAGCUUCACCAAUUUCUAGAAGAGGAAGAGGAGGUCAGGCUGGCUGCACUGAGGGAGGAAGAGGAGCAGAAGAGUCAGAUGAUGAAGGAGAAGAUGGAGGCUCUGAGCAGAGAGAUAGCAGCUCUGUCAGACACAGUCAGAGCCACAGAGGAGGAGCUGAGAGCUGAAGACGUCUCAUUCCUGAACAACUACAAGGCUGCAGUGCAAAGAGUCCAGCAGCGCCCCCUGCUGGAGGAUCCACAGCUGCCCUCAGGAGCUCUGAUAGACGAGGCCAAACACCUGGGCAACCUGACCUUCAACAUCUGGAACAAGAUGAAGGACAUGGUCUCAUACAGUCCUGUGAUUCUGGAUCCAAACACUGCUCAUCCAAAACUCAUCCUGUCUGAAGAUCUGACCAGUGUGAGACGAGGAGAUGAACAGCAGCUUCCUGAUAAUCCAGAGAGGUUUGAUCAUGACUGCUCUGUUCUGGGCUCAGAGGGCUUUAACUCAGGGACUCACAGCUGGGAUGUCGAGGUUGGAGACAGUACAUUCUGGUUUCUUGGUGUGUUAGCAGAGUCUGUCCAGAGGAAGGGAGACGAACUGUCUGGAUUAUGGGUAAUAUGGUUGUAUGAAGGUAAAUACUCAGCACAGUCACCAUCAGCUCCACCAACUGAUCUUGUAGUUCAGAAGAAGCUCCAGAGGAUCAGAGUGAAUCUGGACUGGAACAGAGGAAAGCUGUCAUUCUCUGAUCCUGAUACUAAGACACACAUACACACCUUCACACACACUUUCACUGAGAGGAUGUUUCCAUUCAUUUACACUGUCGAUGAUGUCCCACUGAAGAUAUUACCAGUGAAGGUCAGUGUGACAGUGGAACAGAGCAGUUAGAGAUAAAGAGGAUGAUUAUAUUCAUCAUGUUUAUUUCUUAAAGAUAAAAGUCUCUGAAUUGAACCUGUUAAACUGAAACCUGCUCCUCAUUAUUUCAACACUGCAGGAACAGACAGACAUUCUUAAAUUUAAUCACAUUUUCUUUUAUUGAGCAAAAAUAAUCUGCCAAUGGGGUAGAAAAGUUUUGUUUGGUUGGAAUUCUUAAAAUCAGCAUAAAAAAACUUAAAAUGAGAAAGAAAACCAAAAAUUUAACUAAGUUAAGAUUCUUCAACUAUUCUUUAUUGAGCUGAAAGAAUUUUAACAAUAUCUUCAAACAGCUUAAUAAAAGUCAGUGACUUUGUGUUAAAUGAAGGAAACAUAAACAUUCUUAUUUUUAUAAUUUUUUAUUUAAACACUGAAAAACUAAACAGCUGCUUCAUUUCCAAUACUGGGACCAGACAACAUUCUCUGAAACUGAGAAGUUGUUCAAUUGCUUUUACUCUGAAAAUAAGGACAAUAAUAAGAGGAUAGUUUCCUCUGCUGGGAUAAUAUGCAACCAUUGUUGUUACUGGUUAAAUCCACCUCAAUAUUAGCUGUAAUAUCUUAUUAAGACAAUGUUACAUAUAUUUUCUUAAAAUCAGAUUCUAAUGCAAAACCUGUUUGACAAGAUUAUUAGGGUUAAGAUUAUUAAGAUCUUUAG